UAACACUUUCACAUGUUCUAACAACAUUUCACCACACAGAUCAAAUCCAACAGAAAAUAUGGAAGCAAAGAAAAUCCCAGAAGUGAUACUAAGCUCGGGGCAAAAGAUGCCAGUGAUAGGCCUAGGAACCGCAGCAAUUCCUCCUCCACCACAUGAAGCUCUCACCUCCAUCCUUAUUGAUGCCUUUGAGGUUGGCUACAAACACUUUGACACUGCUUCAUUAUAUGAAACUGAGGAGCCUCUAGGCAAAGCUGUGGCAAAGGCCCUAGAGCUAGGCCUCAUAAAGAGCAGAGAUGAAGUAUUCAUCACUUCAAAACUAUGGACCACUGAUGCUCACCCUGACCUUGUUGUUCCAUCACUCAAGACUUCAUUGCAGAAGUUGGGGUUGGAGUAUGUAGAUCUCUAUUUGAUUCACUGGCCAUUGAGAAUGAAACCUGAAGCCAAAGGGUACCAUAAUAUACUAAAGGAGAACGUGAUUCCAUCCUUUGACAUGAAAGGAACAUGGGAAGCUAUGGAAGAGUGUUUCAGGUUGGGCUUAGCCAAAUCUAUUGGUGUCAGCAACUUUGGCAUCAAAAAGCUCACCCAGCUCUUAGAAAAUGCAACCAUCCCUCCUGCUGUCAAUCAGGUGGAAAUGAGCCCAGCAUGGCAGCAGGGUAAACUCAGAGAAUUCUGCAAGCAGAAAGGAAUCCAUGUGAGUGCAUGGUCACCACUAGGAGCUUACAAAACUUCUUAUGGUACAAAUACAGUUAUGGAGAGCCCAAUCCUUAAGGAAAUCGCUUGUGCAAGACAGAAGAGCACGGCUCAGAUUGCACUAAGAUGGAUAUACGAGCAAGGGACAAUCGCCAUUGUGAGAAGCUUUAACAAGGAGAGGAUGAAACAAAACCUUGACAUAUUUGACUGGGAACUGAGUGAGGAGGAAUCACAGAAAUUCAGCGAGAUUCCACAGCAUAGGACGUACCAUGGAGUGUGUUUUGUAUCAGAAAAUGGACCUUACAAGACCUUAGAAGAGCUUUGGGAUGGUGACCCCUAAAAUCAUUCCCAGUAGCAGCAAAAUGUCAUCUAAAUGUCUAUAUUUUCCCAUUCAAUGAUGGGGGUGGUGUUAUUGUUCAUGUGCUGUUAUAAACUUGCUCAAGAUCAAAAUAUUUGAACGGAAGGAGAUCAUAGAAAAGGAAUCCCUGUCGUUUUAAUAAAAACUCACUUCUUUUUUGUAUUCUA